AUGCGCUCUCGCUCCUCUUCCCUCGAGUCGCUCAUCUGCGCACUCUGCCUCUCAACAGUCGCUGUCAACGCUCUCCCUACCUUCCACCUCUGGCAACGUGAUUCCAGCCCCGAAAUCGUCGCUCGUGCACACGUCCCCGACCCCCGUGUCCUGAACCUCGAGACAGUCGUAAUCGAAGUCUCCGUAACCGACUCCUUCCAAUCGCAGGACAUCCCACCCUCCUUCGUCCGCCCUUCUCGCCGACGGUCGAAAGGACUCGACGGUCUUCCAUCACGUCUCGUCGACCAAGCCGACGAACUCGAUUUCGGGCCAGACACCUCCACCUUCUCCCCCGAUUUCCACGAGGUCGGUGACGAGCAGCCAGACCAGUUCUGGGAGGUGAUGCAGGCCCUCAAGGCUGCUUCUCAAGAUACGUACAACGCGAUGUUCGACGGGGUCAAUGGGUUCUCUCGACUAAGGAAGAUCCUUCCUUUCACAAAGGCAACAAAGGGUCGCCUUGGGAGGCGAACGAAAUGA